CUUAUUCAAUAAAGCAAGCUGGCUUUCCUCUGGGAAUAUUGCUUUUAUUCUGGGUUUCAUAUGUUACAGAUUUUUCCCUUGUUCUAUUGAUAAAAGGAGGGGCCCUCUCUGGAACAGACACUUACCAGUCUUUGGUCAAUAAAACCUUCGGCUUUCCAGGGUAUCUCCUCCUCUCUGUCCUACAGUUUUUGUAUCCUUUUAUAGUUGACCCCGACAACUUGUUUAUUGGUCGCCGCUUCAUUAUUGUGCUUUCCACGGUGGCCUUUACUCUGCCUUUGUCCUUAGCGAAGGACAUAGCAAAGCUUGGAAAGAUCUCUCUUAUUUCUACAGUUUUAACAACUCUGAUUCUUGGAAUUGUAAUGGCAAGGGUAAUUUCACUGGGUCCACACAUACCAAAAACAGAUGAUGCCUGGGUAUUUGCAAAACCCAAUGCAAUUCAGGCUGUUGGUGUUAUGUCAUUUGCAUUUAUUUGUCACCAUAACUGCUUCUUAGUUUAUGGUUCUUUGGAAGAACGCACAGUAGCUAAGUGGUCCUGCAUCAUCCAUGUGUCCACCUUGGUUUCUGUCUUUAUCAGUAUUCUCUUUGCUACAUGUGGAUACUUGACAUUUACUGGCUUCACCCAAGGAGACUUAUUUGAAAAUUAUUGCAGAAAUGAUGACCUGGUAACAUUUGGAAGGUUUUGUUAUGGAGUCACUGUUAUUUUGACAUACCCGAUAGAAUGCUUUGUGACUAGAGAGGUGAUUGCAAGUGUCUUUUUUGGUGGGAAUCUAUCAUCAGUUUUCCACAUAAUCGUGACAGUGGUUCUCAUUACUGCGGCCACGCUCAUGUCAUCGCUGAUUGAUUGCCUUGGAAUAGUGUUAGAACUCAGUGGUGCACUCUGUGCAGCUCCCCUAAUUUUUAUCAUUCCAUCAGCAUGUUAUCUGAAACUGUCUGAAGAACCAAGGACACACUCAGAUAAGAUUAUGUCCUGUGUCAUGCUUCCCAUUGGUGCUGUUGUGAUGGUCGUUGGGUUCGUCAUGGCCGUGACAAAUCCUCAAGACUGCACCCACGGGCAGGAAAUGUUCUACUGCUUUCCUGACAAUUUGUCUUUCACAAACACCUCAGUUUCUGAUUUUCAACUGACAACUCAACUUUCACUUUUAAACACCAGUGUCUUUCAAUGAGUUGACUGCUUUUAAAAAUAUGUAUGCUGUCAUAGACUUCUAAACUGCAAAAUAACAUUCACAUGUUUUAGUCUCUAUAUUAUGAAAUUAUGACUUUGGCAUUUAUUAAGAUUUGGCUUU